GCAGUGGCGCCAGCUACACACACAGGGAGAGAGAGCGAGAGAGAGGGAGCGAGAGAGAGAGCAAGACACACACAGCAGUUUAACGAAGCUCACAACAGCUUGCAAAGCCCUUCUGAAACCAGAGUUUGAAGCUCAUAAACGAUUUUCUUUUUUUGUCAGCAACCACAAAGUAAAAGGACAUAAAGGUCUGCUUACUGAAAACAGCACCAGUGCUGCGCUAACAAAAACAAACUUCUAAAUCCCCGAUUCUUUUGUUGAGUUAUCGUCCGGCAAGAAAACGGAGGUCGUGGGGCUGGAGUGUGUUCUCAUGGCCGAGUCAGAGACUGAAUGUGACACGCCGGGCCUUGACACACUUGGGUCGGAGUGUGUCAUAGCCCAUAGCCAUGUCGACCUUCACUACGGUGCCGAAACUGAGAUCAUGACAGAGGAAAAGCGUGGAUUAGAACUUGAGAUACAUGGCUCAGACUUGAAGAUCCAGGGACUUGGGUCAGAGCUCGGCGCAGUAGCCUGUGUAGAUGCAAUCGUAGCUGAGACAGACCAUGAUUACAUUAAGGUGGAGCAUGGUGAGAUGCACUGUUUCACAGGAGCAGAGAUCAAGACAACAGGUAAUGAAGCCCUGCUGGGAGAAGUCCUGCUUAAGACAGAAAGCGAGCAUGUGGUCAAAGUGGAGUCUGAUCACGGCGGAGAGUUGACAGUGGAGUCAGAGAAUGGUGUGAUCAUACAUGAGGCUCACGGGCUGCAGUGUAACGAGUGUGGAGAGAUUUUUGGCAGCAUAGCAGAUCUUCACCAACAUUUUGAGAUUCACAAGGACCUCAACCCCUACAUCUGCGUCCACUGUGGUGAGAGCUUUGCUGUGGAGGCUAGCCUCAAGCAGCACAUGAAAAUCCACAUGAAAGAAAAACCCUACGUUCCAGCUGGAGUUGAGAUCAUGGGCAAAGAUGUUAUUGAUGCUUUCAGCCUGAAGUCUCAUCAGAUGAUCCAUUUACCAGACAAACCCCACCGAUGCUCGGAGUGUGGCAAGAGCUUCGCUGCUGCCAUCACUUUAAGAGAACACAUGAAGAUGCAUUCAGAGGACAAGCCCUACAAGUGUACACAGUGUAGAAAAAGCUUUGUCCGCAGAAGGCAUCUGAAGAAGCACCAGGAGGUUCAUGCACGAGAGAAGCCAUAUACUUGCGGCCAGUGUGGCAAAGGUUUUGCCACAACUUCCAACCUGAAGCAGCACCAGAAGACCCACGCUGCAGUCGCACUCGGCGACAAACCUCACCGAUGCACACAGUGUGGAAAGUGUUUUGCUGCUGCGGCCACCCUGAGGGAGCACCAGAGGAUCCACUCGGGUGAGAAGCCGUACAAAUGCAAUAUGUGCCGGAAGAGUUUUGUCCGUAAACGCCAUCUAAAGAAGCACCAGCAGGUUCACGCUGGAGGGAAGCCUUACACCUGCAGACACUGCAACAAGGGCUUCAACCACUCCUCCUCUCUGUCCCGCCACCACAAGACCCACCUGCAGAAUCCUGUAAUGCCCGUGUGUCCCACUGUUCAGCCUGGGAAGACCUUCACCUUUGGCACGCCAACUAAGCAGAGGGUCCACCAGCAGGGGGAUAAGCCCUACAUGUGCCACCACUGUGACAAGGGCUUCAAUCAUUCCUCUUCCUUGUCCCGGCACCAAAGAGUCCACUCCGAAGGAAAGAGUUACACCUGUGCUCACUGUGGCAAGAGAUUCAAUCACUCCUCGUCUCUUGCGAGGCAUCAGAGAGUUCAUUUGGAGAAUAAGCAGCAACAGCAGCAAGCGCAACCGCCACAGCCACAACCGCAGCAGUAUAGCACCAUCCCGACAGGAAAGGGAUUCCCUAACAACGCCUUCCCAAAACAGCGCAUGCUAGCUGUGGAAAAACCGUACAGGUGCUCCCAGUGUGGAAAAGGCUUUAACCAUUCAUCUUCCCUCUCCAGACAUCAUAGGAUCCACGUAGACCAGUGAGCCCCCUUUAUACAGUAUCCCACAUUAAGCGCACACAUCUCUGCUCCACUUAAUUUCUGUUCAACAAAUGGUCCCAUCACGUAUAUCACCACACCACAGGAAACCAUCAGGCCACCCUUUUACAGACAAAAAGUGUUCAGGUCAGCACAAUGAUAUGUUUAAGUGGAGCAGUCGACAAGAAACACACUAGUCUUCAAAAAUACAAAAGGCUUGGUCUGAAAGACUGUGUAACCUAUAAUUCAGAGCUGAACCCAAGACAAUGUGCUCACUUUGAAGAGGGUCUAAUAAUAGAUUGUGAAGGACCCUCUCUAUUCUUGUUUGUGAUUGUGCUUCACUUGCUCCAGGACCUCUUUUGAACACUUUUAAAAGAAAGAAAAAAUGUGAUUUGAAGAUCUACAUGAUAAAAUUGUUACCUGGGGGAAAAUAUGCUUCACCUUCUUGUUAGUCUUUUUGAUAGAAUUCAUUUAAUGUACCUUCAGGUGGGCACAUGCGCUUUUCAGCUGCAACUUUAUUAAAGGCUACCAACACAAUUGGUGAACACGAACUGUUGAUAUUCAUAUUUCUUUUUCACUCGCAUAACCCUUGGGAAGCAAAGAAAUCCAGUGUGUAUAUACAUAUUGAUUUUCUUUUAUAUAUAUGUAUAGGUGAUUAGUGUGCUGUUCCAAAAGAUUACAUUUUUGAUAGUAAGAUCCACUCUGUCUCCACAUUUUUUUUCCCUUUUGACUUAAGUUUGUUUAAAGUGUUGGAGAUAUAAAUGUUGCAGGUGUUCUCAUGCAGCUUCUUGAAUAUGGAUUUAGGCUCCGCAAGACAUGAGCCACCUUGUAUAUUUGAGGUUCUUGUAUGUCUACGAUGGUUUAGCCCUGCUACAUAGAUUGUACAGAGAGAGCAAUACCGACUGAAACUGGUUCUAUUAUGACACGCAAUUUAUACCACAAGGCACUGCAUAGUAGAAAAUAACCAUACUGGGUAGCAUAUUACAAGAUGACCUGUGUCCUAAUUAUUUACUUACUGUGCAGUUUCCUCUACUCCAGCACCAAAUGUACAUGCAAUGCAACACCACGCUUUGUCUUUGCUUUUUGGAGACUAAUUCAAAAACUUGUGUACAGAAUAUAGGUAACUCUUACUCAUGUUGAUCUGCAAACUCUCACAAUUUGGUCUAAACAGAGUGUGUAUACUAAAAAAGGAAAAAAAAAAAGACUCCGAGAGAAGCUGACUUUUACAGGACUUAAAGAUUUUUCCGAAUUCCAAUGGAUUGCGCUCUAUUUACUGUUCUGUGUAAAAUAUCUUUUACAAACUGAUGUAUUUUUUUAGACAUGGCUUGGGUUAUAUGAAAGGGAAUGAGAGAUAUACUGUUUUUAUGGGAGUGAACAUUAUGGUGAGCAAUAUUUUUCUUUCCUUUUAAUUUGGAUAACAGUUGUGCUUCAGACUGUAGCAUAGGUUUCUUCCUUGUGUUAGAUAGGUGCCUUAUUGCAUGCUAUGUAGAAAUGUAUGCCGAGCUGUUAUUUGAGAAAAAGAAGUUAGGGUUUUCAGGAGUCUUUUGUUUUUUUUUUUUGUUUUUUUUUUUCAUACUAACUUACCCUACAUUUUAAUUUGCUGUCACUGAUACCUUUUGCUUUCAUGUAUAUUACCAUGUGUUUACACUGUUACGACCAUAUUGUCAUUAUUUUCCCCCCUUGUUUUUGUCAAUGGCCUCAUCGUAGAAAGAAAAAUUGUAAAUGAUCCAUAUAGGCUUCUCUUAAGGGCAAAUCCUGUAACACCUUUUCCCAGUUUCUGAGUGGCACAUAUAUGGAUAAAUAAAGGUUGUUGACUCUA